AUGACAAUGUGGUGGUUUGUAGAGAUUGUGAUCCUCAUUUUGGCCCUGUCAGACCCAACCACAGGCCAGAGCAGAAGAAAGAAGGGACAAAGAGAUGAUAACCAGAUCAUCCUUAAUGAAGGAAAAAUCCUGAUCUGCCCUGUGGAGAUCAUGUUCAUCGUGGACAGCUCAGAGAAGGCUAAGGUCCUGCUGUUUGAAAGGCAGAAGGAGUUCAUCCUGCGUUUUAGCACAAAGAUCAUGCAGCUCCACUCAGUCGGCUGGCGUCUGCGGGUUCGUCUGGCUGCUCUGCAGUACAGCAGCACCGUCUCAGUGGAGCACAACUUCAGAGACUGGCAGGACCUCGACGUCUUCCAGAGCCGGGUGGCCUCCAUGACCUACAUAGGCCACGGCACCUACUCUGCAUAUGCCAUCAGCAAUGCUACACAGGUUUUCAGCCGCGAGACAUCCCCCAACAGCCUGAGGGUGGCGGUGCUGAUGACCGAUGGGGUGGACCACCCUCGCAGCCCCAGUGCUGUGACAGCUGCCGCCGAAGCCAAAAACCACAACAUCAGAGUGUUUGCCAUCAGGCUGUCUGGUUUGCCCAGAGAGGGUCCAAUGGGUGCCAGGCUGCGUUCCAUUGCGAGCGCCCCCCCACACCAGCAUGUCUUCAGUCUCACUGAUCAGCAGCUGGAUGACAGACUCUACAAUGAACUGAAUACUAUUGUCACCACUGGGUGCCCACAGCCCAAGUCCUGUCUGUGUGAUAAAGGGGAAAGGGGUCACCCUGGAGGCACUGGGAAACCAGGCGAGCCAGGAUCUGAUGGGCCUCCAGGUCCAAAAGGAUUUCGUGGGGAACCGGGUAUUAAUGGCCGUCCAGGAAUGGAUGGCAUAGAGGGGCGACCUGGCAGCAGAGGGGAAAAGGGGGAACGUGGUGAGUGUGGCGCACCUGGUACAAAAGGAGAACAGGGAGAGGAUGGACCUCCUGGCCCCAGAGGCUCCAGAGGAGAGAAGGGAUCACGUGGAGGACCUGGAGACCAUGGUCCAGAGGGGACAGCUGGGCCUAAAGGUGACCGUGGACCAGUUGGUGCGCCUGGACCUCCAGGAGAUACUGGCAUCGGGUUUCCUGGACCUAAGGGUGACAAGGGUAACCAAGGACGACCAGGCCCCAUUGGUCCGAUGGGUAUGGGUGAACCAGGGAUGCCGGGUCCAGCAGGGCCACCAGGGAUUCAAGGAUCUCAGGGGCUCCCAGGUGAGGGUCUUCCAGGGCCUAAGGGUGACAGGGGUUACGAGGGUCCUAAGGGCAGCCGUGGCCCACCAGGACUUGGGUACAAAGGUGAUAAGGGAAACACGGGAGCCCCUGGGCUACCAGGAUUAGUGGGGUUUCCAGGAGCAGGCAUCCAAGGAGAAAAGGGGGACCAAGGGCCAGUUGGGCCCUCCGGUCCCAGAGGACCUCCUGGACUGGGUAUAAUUGGAACAAAGGGUGACCAGGGUUUCCCAGGAGAACCAGGACCUCAGGGAGAGCGGGGGAUUGGGGAGCCAGGGCCGAAGGGGGAGCCAGGGCCGGAUGGCACUGCUGGAAUACCUGGCAUUCCUGGUGAGGAUGGAGCAGUUGGACCUAAGGGAGAGAUGGGGUUGCCAGGUCUCAGAGGUCCAGAGGGAGCGCCAGGGAAAGGAAUCCCUGGUGAAAAGGGGGACAGAGGUGACCGUGGUCCAAGAGGACUCUCUGGGUCUUCAGGCCCAGCUGGACCUCCAGGAGCUAAGGGAGAGCCUGGCAGCAUGGGAAUGAUGGGGCUACCCGGACCUGCAGGGCGUGGCUUACCAGGACCAAAAGGAGAUGCUGGCCCAGUGGGACCAGCUGGACCUGUGGGAGAACCUGGAGUAGGAAUCGCUGGGCCAAAGGGUGCCAGAGGAAAUCCUGGACCUGUAGGGCCAAUAGGGAUGAAGGGAGAUGGCUAUCCAGGACCGCAGGGGCUCCCAGGGUUACCAGGGCCACCAGGGGAGAUGGGGCCUGAAGGGAAAGGACUACCUGGACCUAAGGGAGACAGAGGCUUACUGGGGCUGCCAGGCCCAUUGGGCCCUCCUGGAAUUGGCCUCUUUGGACCCAAGGGCUCUGUUGGCCAGCCUGGUCCUCCUGGUCUGCCAGGGCCUCCAGGAGAAGGCAUCCAGGGACCAAAGGGAGAGCCUGGCUUUCAGGGGCCUAUGGGCCCUCGGGGGCCAGCAGGGGAUGGCCUUCCAGGAGAAAAGGGAGAUAGAGGCAUGCCUGGAGACCGGGGAAGAAAAGGAGAGAAGGGAGACUAUGGAGAACCUGGAUCUACUGGAGCAAUGGGAAGACCUGGUGAAAAGGGGGAACCAGGAUUGACAAGAGAUGAGGUCAUCAAGAUAAUAAGAGAAAUAUGUGGUUGUGGCUUCAAGUGCAGAGAGAGCCCUCUGGAGCUGGUGUUUGUGAUCGACAGCUCUGAGAGCGUGGGACCGGAAAACUUUGAGCUGAUCAAGGACUUUGUGAAUGCCCUCAUUGACCGGGUAUCAGUGAGCCGUGAGGCCAGCCGCGUCGGCGUGGUGCUCUACAGCCACGUGGAUGUGGUGGUGGUCAGUCUGAUGCAGCAGUCCAGCCAGGAUGACAUCAAGGCGGCCGUCAGGAAGAUGCCUUACUUGGGCGAGGGCACGUUCACUGGCAGCGCUAUCCACCGAGCCAACCAGAUCUUCCAGGCUUCACGGCCCGGUGUGAGGAAAGUGGCCGUGGUGUUAACGGAUGGGCUGGCUGACCGGCGUGAUGCUGUGCAGCUGGAGGAUGCUGCUGAAGAGGCCCACGCAGCUGGAAUCGAGAUGUUUGUCAUAGGAGUGGUGAACAAGACCGACCCUCUCUAUGAAGAGUUCCGUGCUGAGAUGAAGGCCAUUGCCUCUGAUCCCAGUGAGGAGCACGUCUACCUCAUAGAUGACUUCAUGACACUCCACACUCUGGAAAGCAAGCUAUUGAGUCAGAUUUGUGAGCAUUAUGACGGGACGCUGUCCUUCUUCCCACCUGUGGCUGUACCCUCCAUCGAAAUCGACAUAGGGGCUCCAGACAGGGGCUCCCCACCAGACUUACCAGAGGAGGACAAUAUACGACUUGAACUCCCAGUGGAGGCAGUGACCACGCCGCCCCCACAGUUCCCAGAGUACGAGGACUUUGACAAUAACCUAAUUGACACAAGUAAGACUAUAUCAUAUUUGGAGGAACCCUUGAACGAACUACCAGACAUCCUUCCUCCCUCCCCUGGUGGCAGAGGGAAGCAACGCCCGCCUGUAAUUUCCAUGGUGGGCCCUCAGACUCCAACUAACUGGCUGUACAUUCCAGAGACCACACAGGCUCCAUACACGCAACCGGCUCCUCCACCCUUGACAGAAAUCCUUGUCCCAGAUGCAGGGUGCAGCCAGCCACUGGACCCUGGUCCCUGUCGGAAGUAUGUGGUGAGGUGGUAUUAUGACCCAGAGGCCAAUGCCUGUGCCCAGUUCUGGUAUGGGGGCUGUCAGGGUAAUGCAAACAACUUUGACACCGAAGCCAACUGCAGGAAUUCCUGUGUUUACACGUAA